GUUAUCAUAAUCAAUAACCACGUGGAUAGCUUUCUUUUUAUAAUAUUUUUGGUCAUUUCAGUUAAUCAAAAUGAAUUUUCAUAUUUAUUUCAAAAUUAUUUUAGUGUACUUUUUACAGUUAGCAGAGCUGAAAAUAAUUGAGAUAUCUGGGUCAAACCUUCUCCGAAAGCUUCAGAAUGAUGGGAAAUUCUUGAUAAUAUAUGUAACAAAUGGUUGUCAUGAAUGCAAUCUUGCUUAUUCAAAGUUUGUGGCUGCUUCUCAACCAUUUGACAGAGAGGAAAUAAGGUUUGGGAGAAUUCAGCAUACUGGACUUGCAGCAACAUUAGAAAUUGAUACAUUUCCAUCGCUAAUCUACUUCAAAGCUAAUUCAUAUCAAGUUAAUAGGGCAAAAAUAGAUAUAACAGUUGAUAGUAUUAUACAACUAAUCAGUGAUGUCACAAAGAGAGACUUUAUUUAUAUGGACAAACAUUACACUGUGGAAAUAAAUAAAGCCAAUUUCGAUGAUACACUUGAUACACCUCGCCAAUGCAAAUUAUUGCUGUUGUAUACAAAUGAGAAUAAAGACAAAGUAGAAUGGUUUGAUGACUUAGCUGAGUUGUUUAAAAAUGACGAGAAGAUAAUGUUUGCUCGAUUGGAUGUCCACAGAGAAGGCGAACUAAAGGAUAGGUUCAAAGCGAGGGCGUUCCCAGCUUUAUACUGGUACAGCGAUGAUGAAAUUCCCCGAAAGAGCAUGUACGGGGGAAGAUUCGAUAAAAUAGAAAUAAUGGCAUUUAUUACUGAUAAAACUGGGAUAACAAGACAGCAAAAUGGGGCUUUACCAGAAGGGGCUGGGCUUUUGAAAGAAAUGGACGAGCUGAUCAAAGCUAAUAAGAACACAAUCGCUAGUGGGAAGAAAAUGAAAAGGAUUGUACAGAAAGCUAAAGAAAUUAUGGAAUAUUACGACGAUAAAGACAUGCAAGAACUAGCAGAAUACUAUGUUUACUUAUUGGAAGAGGUUGAAUACCACGAGGAAACAUCAGUUAUAGAUGAUGAACGAUAUUAUCUUAUCCGAGAAUUAGUCGAUCCAAAAGGACCAAGACAACGGGAAUUAUUGCUAAAGAAACAAAAUGUUGUUCGGCAGUUCUUUGAUAUAAUGGGAGAUCAGUUGCUGAAGAGGAAUUCUAAACAGUCACCUAUAGUAAAAGCCAAAGAACCACGCCCACAUAAACACCACCAUGAAAAAAUACACAGACACGAAGAAUUAUAACAAAGUAUCCAAUGACUAUUUCACUGAGUAAAGGAAUAUCUUGAAAUUUCAAAUAACACGUGCUCCCCAAGUUAUCAUUAUAGAAAACUUCUAAUAGUACUUACGACUUUCUCCUUGUUAUCUAGGUUGUUUUAAUUCAUAUGUAUUUUGUUCAUUCUUUAAUUAGGCAUUUUACUUAAUUUUGUUUCUGUUCUUAAAUUUGUAAUAAACGAAUUUUAUUUA